GUGACAAUCGAACAAUUCUCAAGUGAAAUUAACGAGCAAAUUAACAUGAGAAGUGCCGUAGCAUUAUGCUUUUUAGCAGUACUUUGCUGUACCGCCGAUGCAACUAUUUUGAAUAUUAAAUUGCGUCAAGUGCGGGACACGAAAAUAGACGUGGAAAAUACCAUACAGCAACUCAAACAUAUCAGCGAAAACACUCAGAAAGACGUAGAACAGGCCGUCACGAAGAAAUUGUUGCAAUCAAUGGAAGAGUACAAUAACUACGCCAAUUCAGUACUCAAUACGAUACGAAAAGAGGUGGAAGAUGCCAAGGCGAGAGGCAAGAAUGCUAAACCAUGCUAUGAUGCCGCUCUUAAUAUUCUUAAUAAUAGUUACCGCACAGCAUAUACCAAUGCUCAACAAUGCCGACGAAAUGCCAUACUUUCUAUCAACAAUAACCUUAGUUUCAACGAUCAGCUUAUCACGACCGGACACGACUUAAUAGAUGAAUUGGACAAAAUCUUUCCGGACUGUUAUGAAAAAAAUUCGGAACUUAUCGACAUUAUAAAAUUGUAUAAUUGUAUCACCAAUCAGCUUGGGAUAAGUAAGAUUGGCGUGAAAAAUUUAAAGAAAGAUGUUAGUUCCGCUAGGUCUACCGCUAAAAGUGCGUCUAAAACUGUCAUUCAGCAGAGUACUGAUUGUUUGAAUAAAGUUUACUCGACCGCGCGCUUGGAAGUCGCGGAGGCCAGGUCAACUGCUACUAGAUGCCUCAAUAAAGUGUAGAAGAAACGUUUAUCUUUAAUUAUAUAUUGCAUUAGUACAUACAAUUUAUUGCCAUUUGAAAUUAAUCGCGCAAGAAAAAUCGUCAAGGCUUUGUCAAUUUGAUCAAAACAGUUUCGUAGUUACAUUUCGAUAACAGAAUUAGCUCAAUAGAUUUAGAUAAGUUAAUGUAAGUGAAGUUCACGAUAUCAUAUAUGUUUCAAGAUUUUAUUAUCUGCUUUAAAGAAAAGUUCGCUCUUUUUCUUUGCAGAAUAUGAAAUGAAUAAAAAUAAUUGCA